AUGGCCCCGCACUUCUGCCGGGAGACUUCACCACUGGCGACGGUCGAAGAACUUCGUAAUUCCUCCGAUCCACGGAGAAUCAGCCCACGCGACCCGUUGAUCGAGCUGCAUACGCAUCGCCUGCGGGAUGCGGGAUGCGGGGAAGGCCCAGGAAUGGGCACGAACCCCCGGUUACCGGCGGAUAGACAGUCAACUGGGGGGGAGCACAUCAGCGUCACGGUGGAGCACGGCCGAUCCGGCUUCUCCACGUCUCCGCCCCCGCAGGAGAUUAGGAUGUGGCGCCGCAGUACAGAACCGGGCCGAGAACAGGCCCAAGGAACCCCCAAGACCCCCAAGACGCGUACCGUGUCAUCGCAGCGGGCCAGUGUGCCCGUAACCCGAGGGCUGGCUUUGUCCCUCCACAUCCCUCCCGGCGACUCUCCUUCCUCCGCUCCUCCUCGACCUUUCGCUCUUCUGCCCUCCCUUCUCUCCCUUCCUCCCCUUGGAACGUGCUCGCUCCUCCAAUGCGCGCCUCUCUCGUCUGAUCGCUCCCUGGAGACUACCCGCCAUGAGCGUCCCACUGCCUCUGCGGUCGGCGCUGGGGCCGUGUCUUGCGGUCCCCACGCGGCGCGGAGGGAAAUCGUUUGUGUCAGUGACACACUCAGGUACGCUUCGCCUGCCUCCCGAAUUCGCCGGUUUGUUUUUCUGGCCUCGUCGCAGAAGAGACACUUGCUCCCUCUACCUCGGUGGCCUCUCGUCUCCAAGAGACCCGUGACAACCACUCCUCCGGCCUCGGAGCCUGCCUCGGCCACUCCCUACUCCGCGUUAACCGUGGGAGUGCCCCGCGAGACGGCCCAGAAUGAGCGCCGCGUCGCCAUCACGCCGCAGAAUGUAGCUCUGCUCCUGAAGAAGGGCUUCUCGCGGGUGCUGAUUGAGCGUGGUGCCGGUGAGGGCGCCCAGAUGCUCGACCAUGUCUACGAAAAAGCCGGUGCGACGCUCGUCGACCGGGACGCGGUCUACGCCGAGAGUGACAUUGUCCUCAAAGUCCGUGGCCCGCAGGUCGACGGGCCCUUCAAUGAGGUUCAGGCUCUACGCAAAGGCUCAAUGGUGAUUUCCUUUUUGUACCCGGCCCAGAACAAAUACACAGUGGACGCACUGGCUGCGCGGGGUGUGACCUCGUUUGCCAUGGACCGCAUUCCGCGAAUUUCUCGGGCCCAGGUCUUCGACGCCCUGAGUUCCAUGGCCAAUAUUGCUGGAUACAAAGCCGUUCUGGAAGCAUCGAACCAUUUUGUUCUCGUGAUUGGAGCGGGCGUGGCCGGUUUGAGCGCCAUUGCCUCGGCCCGUCGGAUGGGUGCCAUCGUCCGUGGCUUCGAUACUCGUCCCGCUGUCCGGGAACAGGUUCAAUCGCUCGGUGCUGAGUUCGUUGAGGUUGACUUUCAGGAAGAUGGCGCCGGGCAGGGUGGCUAUGCCAAAGAAAUGUCCAAGGAGUUCAUCGAGGCCGAGAUGAAGUUAUUUAUGGAGCAGGCUCGCGAAGUCGAUAUUAUCAUUACCACUGCACUGAUUCCCGGAAGGCCGGCGCCGAAGCUGCUUACCAAGGAAAUGGUAGCUGCGAUGAAGCCUGGCUCCGUUAUUGUAGAUCUUGCAGCGGAGGCUGGCGGUAACUGCGAGGCUACUGUUCCGGGGGAGCUGGCCAGCUACAAGGAUGUCACCAUCAUUGGCUACACAGAUCUCCCGUCUCGGCUGCCAGCUCAGUCCUCGACCUUGUACUCGAACAACAUCACCAAGUUGCUGUUGUCCAUGGCCCCCCAGGACAAGUCUUUUGGUAUUGACUUCAACGACGAGGUGGUCCGCGGGUCUAUAGUGACUCUCGACGGGGAAGUAGUUCCUCCAGCUGCGCCGCCGACUCCGCCUCCAACUCCAAAGCCAGAAGCGCAAGCUGUGGCUGCGAAGAAAGAGGAAAAAGUUGCUCUUACCCCCUGGCAAAAAGCUACCCGGGAUGUCACCUUGGUCACCGGAGCCAUGGGCACCACGCUCGCUCUGGGCAAGGCCACCGGUCCUAUCUUCAUGAGCAACAUGAUGACCUUUGGUCUUGCUGGUCUGGUCGGAUACCGCGCUGUCUGGGGAGUUGCUCCCGCACUGCACUCGCCGCUCAUGAGUGUUACCAACGCCAUCUCGGGUAUGGUCGGUAUCGGCGGUCUGUUCAUCAUGGGUGGAGGCUAUACCCCGACCACUCUCCCGGAGUAUCUCGGUGCUGCGUCCGUUCUUCUAGCCUUUGUCAAUGUGUCUGGAGGUUUCGUGGUGACGAAGCGAAUGCUCGAUAUGUUCAAGCGGCCGACUGAUCCUGCCGAGUAUCCAUGGCUGUAUGCUAUUCCGGGAGUCUUGUUCGGCGGUGGUUUCCUUGCUGCUGCCAGCACAGGCAUGUCCGGUCUGGUCCAGGCCGGAUAUCUCGUUAGUACAAUCUUGUGUAUGAGCUCUAUCUCGGGAUUGGCCUCGCAACAGACUGCUCGGCGUGGGAACAUCUUCGGUAUCUUGGGAGUGGUUUCUGGGAUUCUCGCCUCGCUGGCUGCGGUGGGCUUUGACACUGAAACCCUCACGCAAUUUGCUGUCGUUGCGGGAACUGGUGCUGUCGUGGGAGGUUUGAUCGGUCGUCGGAUUACACCGACUGGUCUUCCUCAGACCGUUGCGGCACUGCACUCGGUCGUUGGUCUCGCCGCUGUCCUGACUAGCAUUGGCAGCGUGAUGGUUGACAUCGCUGAUAUUUCGACUCUCCACAUGGUGACUGCAUAUAUGGGCGUUCUGAUCGGCGGUGUCACCUUUACCGGCUCCAUCGUCGCUUUCAUGAAGCUCGCGGGCCGUAUGUCUUCAAAGCCAAUGAUUCUUCCCGGACGGCACGUAAUCAACUCGACGCUACUUGGCAGCAAUCUAGCAACCAUGGGAGCUUUUGUCACCAUGGCACCUGGAAAUCCGGCGAUGGCAGCGACCUGCCUGGGUGCAAGCACCCUUCUUAGCUUUAUGAAGGGAUACACCACAACGGCAGGCAUCGGCGGCGCCGAUAUGCCUGUCGUCAUCACUGUGCUGAACGCCUACUCGGGCUUCGCACUCGUGGCCGAAGGGCUGAUGCUGAACAACCCGCUUCUUACCAGCGUCGGAUCCCUCAUCGGAGUCAGCGGUUCCAUCCUAUCAUAUAUCAUGUGCGUGGCCAUGAACCGGUCUCUCGCCAAUGUUCUUUUCGGCGGCCUUUCCACGCCGGCCCAAAGCCAGAAAAAGAUCGAGGGCGAGGUCACUCAGACCAACAUCGACGAUACCGUAGAAGCCCUUUCCAAUGCCGAAAGCGUCAUCAUCAUCGUUGGCUACGGCAUGGCGGUCGCGAAGGCGCAGUAUGCCCUCGCUGAAAUCGUCGCUUCCCUCCGUGCUCGCGGUGUCAAAGUCCGCUUCGCAAUCCACCCCGUCGCCGGCCGCAUGCCGGGCCAGUGCAAUGUUCUCCUGGCCGAAGCCUCCGUACCGUAUGACAUUGUUCUGGAAAUGGACGAGAUCAACGAUGACUUCGCCGACACGGACGUCACCCUCGUCAUCGGCGCUAACGACACCGUUAACCCCAUCGCGAUGGAGCCAGACUCCGCCAUCUCCGGCAUGCCCGUCCUGCACGCAUGGAAGAGUAAGGAAGUGAUUGUCAUGAAGCGGGGCAUGUCAAGUGGAUACGCGGACGUGCCAAACCCGAUGUUCUACAUGCCCGGCACCCGGAUGUUGUUUGGUGACGCCAAGACUUCUUGCGAUGCCAUCAAAGCAGCGCUGGAGGCGCGGAAGUAG